AUGCCACGCAACAGGGCAAGAUCUUUUCUCCGUGAAGAAUGCCGCAUCCUUGUCAUUGGUGCUGGUGGUCUUGGCUGCGAAAUUCUUUCAAAUCUCGCGCUUUCAGGCUUCCAACAUGUUCACGUCAUCGACAUGGAUACCAUUGAUGUGUCGAAUCUCAACCGACAAUUCCUCUUCCGCGAAAAGGACAUCGGACAGCCAAAAGCAACCACAGCUGCUGCUUUUGUUGAAUCACGAGUGCCUGGAGUCAAAAUCACCCCUCAUGUCUGCCGCAUCCAGGAUAUGGAUGUCACAUUCUAUAUGCAGUUUCACAUGGUUAUUUGCGGUCUCGACUCGGUCGAGGCUCGUAGGUGGAUCAACGCUACUCUCGUCCAUAUGGUGGACGAAAAAAACCCUUCCUCGUUAAAACCGCUGAUUGACGGUGGCUCCGAAGGUCUGAAGGGCCAAGCGCGUGUCAUUUUGCCGACCAUCACAAGCUGCUAUGAGUGCAGUCUUGACAUGCUUCCUAAGCGGACGACGUUCCCUAUAUGCACGAUCGCUAAUACGCCACGUUUGCCGGAGCAUUGCAUUGAGUGGGCAAGUGUGCUCGAGUGGCCACGUGCGAAUCCAGGCAAGAAACUCGAUAAUGACAACCCUGAGCAUGUUCAAUGGGUUCUUGAUACAGCUCUUGGGCGAGCUGAGAGUUUCCAUAUCACAGGCGUCAAUUGGUCACUUACACAGGGAGUGAUCAAAAACAUCAUUCCUGCCGUUGCCAGUACCAAUGCCAUCAUUGCUGCGGCUUGCACGCAAGAGGCUUUCAAAAUAGCCACGUCCACUGCGCCUUAUUUGAACAACUACAUGAUGUACACGGGCAACGAAGGCGUGUAUACGUUCACUUUCGACUACGAACGGCGCGCUGAUUGCCCCGUAUGCGGUGGUGAUAUCAGAUCGCUCACACUCACACCGCAGGACACCCUAGCUACUCUGGUUGAUCUACUUAGCACUUUACCUGACAUGUGCGUCUUUGCUAUUUACUGA